AUGAUACAGUCUGACAUGUUCCAUUAUUACAAGCUAAAGAAAUUUUUAACCGCUGUUGCAUUUGCCCGAGCUCUAGGUCGUAGACCAACCAUCUUGCCAAUACCGAUUCCAGUUCCUAUUCCAAUUCAGCAAAAUGAAGUCAUUAGGAUACCGUCACAAAAAGGUGGUGGCAAAACCGUGGUUGCACUAUCUGGUGGUGGAGGUGGAGGAAGCCAAAAAUUUCCAACUGGGAUCAGCAGCCUUCUUACGGGUGGACCUCUGACAUCCCUUACCAGUGCUUUUACCGGAUCAUCUAAUUUCGGCUACUCACUGCCUGGAAUCAGUACAAGUGAGAGCGGUAUACAAACAAAUGGUGCUAAUGUCAUUGAUCUAUCAUCUCUAAGUUCAGCUAACAAUGUGAUUCGAACAUCAUCCUCAAAUUCUGGGGCCAACCUCGGAGGCACACGAAUAAUGGUAGUAGAUCCACAAACUUUGGGCAAUCUUCUCAAUUCAGCCAAUACAGCAAAUGGUGGUUCUCCGCAGAUACAGUUUGCAAAUAACCUAGGAAAUAAUCUAGGAAAUUCUUUCCAAUUUGACAAUGGACUGGGAAACAAUUUUGGAGAUUUGGAAUCUGCGUUUACUCUUAAUACUCCUCAACGUAUAAGGAUACCAUGGUAUUCAGAUUUUCCUAAUAGGAAAAUUCCAUUCAAGUUUCGAAGUGGAAGAAUGAGAAAUCGCGAUGGCUCUCGGCAAGAAUUUGAAAUGGAUCCAAAUGAAUUCGAUAAUAGGCAUCCAAGCAACAAAAAUAGGUACAAAAACAAUAGCAACAGGUACACAAAUAAUAACAGGUACAGAAACCAAAACAGGAAUACAGAUUCCAAUUGGGAAUCUACGUCCAGUCAUCAGCAUGUACAAAAGAAACCAAUACCAGUCGGAGAAAGGUUUCAAGCUAGAUACUGAACUAUUGACAGGAUGUAAA